AUGCCCCUCUCCCCGCCUUCCCUCCCCAGGCGGCAGCAGUAUGUGGGGAAGCUCAAGUUCGCCUCCCUGGAGGCCUCGCAGGGCUCCAAGAAGCUCGUGGUGGCCACGGAGAAGAACGUCGUGGCCGCGCUGAACUCCAGGAACGGCGAAAUCCUGUGGCGCCACGUGGAUAAGGGGACUCCCGAAGGAGCAAUAGAUGCGAUGCUGAUCCACGGACAGGAUGCCAUCACGGUGUCCAACGGUGGGCGCAUCCUCCGCUCCUGGGAGACCAACAUCGGGGGCUUGAACUGGGAGAUGCCGCUGGAUACUGGCAGUUUCCAGAUGGCUGCAUUGGUGGGGCUGCAGGACGCGGUGAAGUACGUGGCAGUCCUGAAGAAGGCGGCCAUCUCUCUCCACUACCUUUCCAACGGGCACCAGAAAUGGGUAGAGCAUUUACCAGACAGUGAGAGUGCUCGGUACCAGCUAUUAUAUUCCCGUGGGACUGGAGUGAUCCACGUACUUGGAAUUGUUCCUCAGAGCCACUUGAAUGUUCUAACCUUCAGCGUAGAGGAUGGAGAAAUUACAAAACAGAUGAGAGUAGCCAGCCCGUGGCUGAAGAGCGUGGCCGGCGCGUGCGGCGUGGUGGGAGAGGCCGUGCUGGUGUGCGUGGACGUGGCGGCGCGCUCGCUGCACGUGUGCUCCUUGGAGACGGAGCAGGAGAUGAGGCAGAUCCCGCUGGAGUCACUUGACCUGGAGUUUGCCGAUGGCUUCGAGCCCAGGAUCUUGGCCACUCAGCCCAGCCCUGCGAGUGCUUCGCGGACCCAGUUCUUCCUGCAGCCGGCUCCGAGCCGCUUCUUCCUGCUGCAGUACAGGCACGGGCUGCUCAGCCACCUCCGGGACUUCCAGCAGGCAGCUCUGGUAAGCUUUGCAACUACUGGGGAAAAAACUGUGGCCGCCGUCCUUACCUGCAGGAGUGAGCUGAAACUUGGAAGCUCUGAUGGCCUUCAUGCUGGAAGUGCUCUGGAGAAUUCCCAGGAACAGGAAUCAUUAACUUGUUCCAACCACACCUACAAUAUUAAUCUCUAUCUGGUUGAAACUGGCCAAAGACUGUUGGAUACCACGAUUACCUUUAGCCUGGAUCAGAGCGGUGCCAAACCGGAGCAG